CCACAGAGAGGCACCACAAGGGCCUCAGUUCCUUCCGGAAGGUGCCCGGAGGCUGGAGCCUACAGAGAGGUACCGUGAGUCCCCUCUGAAUGCAGCGAGCAGGAAACUCCCGGGCGCGUUUCCUCCGCGGCUCCCCCCGGCCCCUUCUGUCCCUUGGUGGCCGCCUUAGCCCGGCCCGUGGGGCGGAGCUCCCCCACCCGGAAGGGCCGGACCGGGACCACGUGUUGGUGGGGUCAUGGCGUCGGCGCCCAAGAGAUUCAAGGCGGCGGUCGAGAGCGGCGCCCAGGGAAAGAAUAGUGUCGACCCCCUCUCCGGGUUCCUGGCAUGGUGCGGGCAGGCCGGGGUGGAGCUGAACCCCAAGGUCCGGCUGAGCAGGGAGGGCGCGGUGGCGGGGUACGGGAUGUUGGCGGCCGAGGAGCUGGAGGAGGGAGAGGUGCUGUUCACCAUCCCUCGCACGGCACUGCUGUCCCAGCACACCACCUCCAUCCACGCACUCUUGCAGGAAGCCCAGGAGUCCCUGCAGAGCCAGUCCGGUUGGGUCCCUCUCCUGCUGGCCUUGCUACACGAGUACACAGCCAGCAACUCCCACUGGCAGCCGUACUUCUCCCUCUGGCAGGACUUCCGGAGCCUGGACCACCCCAUGUUCUGGCCUCAAGAAGAGCGAACAAGGCUCCUGCAGGGCACAGGCAUCCCAGAAGCUGUGGACAAGGAUCUCGCUAACAUCCACCUGGAGUACAACUCCAUCAUUCUGCCUUUCAUGGAGACCCACCCCAACAUCUUUGACCCCAAACUUCAUACUCUGGAGUUGUAUAAGGAGCUGGUGGCAUUUGUCAUGGCUUACAGCUUUCAGGAACCUUUGGAGGAGGAAGAAGAAGAUGAGAAGGGGCCCAAUCCUCCCAUGAUGGUGCCUGUAGCAGAUAUUUUGAAUCAUGUGGCCAACCACAAUGCCAACCUGGAAUACUCUCCUCAAUGUUUGAGGAUGGUUACAACACAGCCUGUGGGGAAAGGAGAGGAAAUCUUCAACACCUAUGGGCAGAUGGCCAACUGGCAGCUGCUGCACAUGUAUGGCUUUGCAGAGCCCUACCCUGGCAACACCCAUGACACAGCUGACAUCCAGAUGGUGACACUGCGCAGGGCGGCUCUGCAGCGUGCCAAAAGUGAAGCGCAGCAGCAGCUGGUCUCAGAGCAGUGGGACUUCUUGUGCCAGCUGGAGAUGGUGGGAGAGGAAGGCGCCUUUGUGCUAGGCUGGGAUGAGGUGCUGACAGAGGAAGAGCUGUCUGUGGCCCUCAAGGUGCUCUGCAUGUCAGAAGAAGAAUUCAAGGAGUAUAAGGAGCAAGAUGGCUGGGAAGACGACAGUGAGGAAGAGGAAAACUCUACCCUUUCAAAUGAGGCCCUCGCCAGACUUAAAACCCCUUGCAAGAAGCUCCUUUAUGACAGUGUGCUGCUGACUCUGGAGUCCUAUGGGACAGACCUGAAAGCAGAGCAGGACUUGCUGAAUAACAAGGAGGCUUAUGAGAAACUGAGCCGAAGGGAGCAGCAAGCGCUGCAUGUGCGCUACGGACAGAAAAGGAUCUUGCAUCAGCUUCUAGAGCUGAUACAAUAGAAACCUCAGUGCCCCUGGACAGGAUCUGGCUAGGGCUGAUCCUGAGGGAAAGAUCAGCCAAUGGCCAUCUCUUCUGUAGCAGAGGACAAGAUGGGAAGACUGACUACAGGUCCACUUGUCCCUCAUACAGCACAUGGAUUUUUAGCUACCUCUACAUAAAGAAGUUUCUUCACAGCACAGAGGUGGUUUUGAGUGGCCUUAUUGUACCAUGAGAACUCUGGAGCACAAAUUCCAUUUCUUUUCAGAGGCCAUGAGAAACCCCAGCCAUCCUAAUGGCUGUUUCAGGAAGGCAGACAUACACUCCCAGAACAGCAGAGGAUUCCCUCAUUCAGCAUCAGAAAUUUAUGGCAAGAGCUUCUCCUUGUCCAGAUUAAGAGGGCAGACAUCCAGCUGUUAGCUCUUACCUUAGAGAGGUUUAGAGUAAAUAUCUGGCAGGUGGACCUGCUGACAACACUAAACUAUACAUACAACACUAAAUGUGUACAUAUUUUAUGUUGAACAUUUUCAAGAGUACAAGCCCAUCUAGCUGGUCUUCAUAUAGGCUCAGUAUAACAAAUAUUACCUUUUAUUUCCACAAAAGGUAUUUCUUUGUGGGCUUGAGACUUCUCUGGAAGAGCACUGUCACAGUUCCACAACCACUGCAGGCUGAGAAUUUGAUACACACCCUCUGCUUGAUGCAGUUCUACCCUGAACUCACUUUGGUUUUGCAUGACAAAACACUGACAGUUGCCAGGCCAAGCACUAUUUAAUAAAAAUGAGUUUUCUUACCCAGCCCAUGCUCUCUACUUCAACAGGGUGUGAAGCCCCAUCUAAGGGCAGGGGGAUUGUUGCUGCUGCUGCAGAUAGAAGGAAAACCCACACUGCACUCAUGACAAAGCUACAGCCCUGCCUGCAGUGCCUGGGGACAGGAUGGUUUAACAGUACUGAGGGGAGCUUGUUCUGGUUUCUCAGAUGGGAGAAUAGUGAAUUUGACCAGGAUCUCACACAGCUGCUGCUAUCCUUCAUAGGGACAGUGUUAAAAUUGGUAUUUUGGUAUCCUGUGUCUCUCCAAAGAAAUCAUACUGGAAAACAUACAUGUCAGAGGAGUAUUACAUUUGAUAUCUUGGUUAAAGUUUGGGGUUUGGGUUAAAACUUUGUUUUUUAGAUAUGCACAAACUUGAUGAUGACCAAAGCAUAUAAAAGGUUUGAACACUGUAUAACAAGA